UUUUAAAAGCCAGACCUUUUUAUUUGUAAAAAUGUUGGCUAAAGAUAUCUGCCACAUUAAACCUCCCCAGCCAAACUCUGCCUUUGAAUUCAGUGGGAGCAGCGGGGUGCUGCUCACUUUUGUAAAUCCAGGCCACUUUUCAGGUGCCUAAAUAUGGAUUAGGAAACCAACUUCAGGCAUUCAGUUUUAAAAUGUUGUUCUUGGUACUUUUGGGUUAUGUGAAAUAAAUAAUACAAGCAGUUCUAAUAUUUUGAUGUGUUAAUUAUAAUGUUAAAUACUGGCUUAAUAUUAUUCACAACAAUAUUCUUCUUAAUAAUUAUUCAGGUCCAGAGGUAUCCUUCCCUAGAGCCACUUUUGCAGGGAUUUUCUGAAAGAAAAUCUGUGCCAUAAAUGUUUGUUAAUGACAACCGAGAUAUUUCUCUGAAGCUUUAAUCUAGUCAUUAUGGUCACAAUUCAGCAUCAUAUCCCUAUUCAGGACAGCACUUAAUCAAAUGUUGGCUUGAAUCAGGAUGGAUUUUAAGUGCUUUCCUGAAUAGGGGCCUAUAGUGUCAAUGCACCAUUUAUCAAGUGGUUUCAGAUCCAGUAAGAGUGACACUCUUUUUUCAGUAAUUAAAUGUUUGGGCCUGAUCCUGCUUUCCUUACUCAGGCUAAAGCAGUUGAAUUUUGCUUAAAUAAAAUUUGCAGGAUCUGGCUCUUAAAUGCUUAGCAGUAGAAUUUCAUAUAUUAAAAACUAGAAUUUCAUAAUACCACAAUAUACUUAAAUAGUUGUGCAGUUUUUUUGCCAGCUUUUAUUAAGCAUGAAAAAUCAAGGUAACUAUUGCUACAUAAAAUAAGGUUCAACAUAACAUAUUUAAGCAUUGCCUUGUCAUCCUGAGUUGCAAAAAUAUGAACCUGUUUACAUUUUUCUGUUACUGCUGCAAACCGUUCUUGGUAGUAAACUGCUGAUAUCAGAAUCAUGCAGAUGUCCACAGCUGAGGUCAGGCACGUAAGGUAUUGCUGUGUUAUUUUCAUUUCAUAGCCUGCAGAACUUGUCACAUUGAUUCCAAGAUUGACUAUGUUGUAUAUUCUAAUGUGAAAAUCAAUAUAUUUUGAGAAUAAUGGAAGAAAUGAAAAAAAUUCAGUUACACGAUAGCUAUAGCAUAUGAUCUUGAAAACUGUAUACCACAGUCAGUCAGAUUCACAGAGCAAUGACUUCCAUUUCACACUCACUCUUCCUCUGGUCCCUAUCACCUGUAUGCCAAUGAGAAUUAAGUAUAUGGAGAGCUCUGUAGAAUCAUAGAAGAUUAGGGUUGGAAGAGACCUCAGGAGGUCAUUUAGACCAACCUCUGGCUCAAAGUAGGACCAACUCCAACUAAAUCAUCACAGCCAGGGCUUUGUCAAGCCAGACCUUAAAAACCUCUGAAAAUGGAGAUUCCACCAUUUCCCUAGGCAGGGCCAUCCCAAGGGGGAUGUGGGGCCCAGGGUUGAAGUGAUGCAUUCGUCUUUUCUGGGACCAACUGUGCUGGCCAAUGGGGCCAAGAGUGGUUGCCCCUAUUCACCGUACCCAAAGGACAGCUCUGUUCAUAAGUAACCCAUUCCAGUGCUUCAGCACCCUCCUAGUGAAAUAAUUUUUCCUAAUAUCCAACCUAGACCUCCACCACUGCAACUUGAGACCAUUGCUCCUUGUUCUGUCUUCUGCCACCACUGAGAACAGCCAAGCUCCAUCCUCCUUGGACCCUCUGUUCAGGUAGUUGAAGGCUGCGAUCAAAUCCCCCCUCACUCUUCUCAUCUGCAGCCUGAAUAAGCCCUGUUCCCUCAGCCUUUCCUCAUAAGUCAUGUGCCCCAGCCACCUAAUAAUUUUCGUUGCCCUCCACUGGACACUCUCCAAUUUGUCCACAUCCUUUCUGUAGUGUGGGGCCCAAAACUGGACACAGUACUCCAGAUGUGGCCUCACCAGUGCUGAAUAGAGGGGAAUAAUCACUUCCCUUGAUCUGCUGGCUAUGCUCCUACUAAUGCAGCCCAAUAAGCCGUUAGCCUUCUUGGCAACAAGGGCACACUGUUGACUCAUAUCCAGAUUCUUGUCUGCAAAACUGCCAUUUAGCCAGUUGGUCCCCAACCUGUAGCAGUGCAUAUAGCAAAGCCACUGUAACCAAAGGCUGAAAACAAGAGCUUCGCUAAUAACCUGCUAGGCCGUUGAAAAAGCAGACAGCCAAUUGUAUAGUAUUCUCCCAUAGGGAGUUCUGAAACCCAUUUUGAUCUAUCAGUUUCUAUGUAUGUAUCAAUGAAAUUGUUCCUCUGCUCCAACAGGACAUCAGGAUAAGAAUAUAAGAUAGUAAGAAAUGAAAUAAUUAAGAACAGGAGAGAUUUGGGUGAAAUUAUUUGUAAUUCUUUAAUAGAUAAAGAAAAAAAUUAUUAGGAGUAAGAGCAAAAAGAAAUAUAAAUCUUACCCUAAUUGACAAGUACGGGGGAAAUACAACCUGGAAAAGCAUGUUAAGGUAUCUUUUACUAUUUCAGAUAAUUAACGACAAUUUUCUGGCUAUGAAAAACAUUCUUUCUGUGCUAGGUGAGCAUGGCAGAGACUCAGUAAAAAGAUCUCCUUAGUGGAGCAGCCAAUUUUCAGAGGUAUGAUCUUUCCGUGUCUCAUCUGCCAACCUUUGAAGUAAUCCUAGAACACCCAUUUAGUGCCAUGGGCCAUUCAUGACUGACAGGACAACUGGUUGUCUGUUGAAAUCCAAAACAACUGGUUCAUAUUCCCCCAAUUGGUUCACGCCCUUUUACACCCUCUCAGUGAACUUCAAAACUUAACUCUAACUCUAGCAGUGUUGUCAACCCUUGAGAUUUUAUCACGAAACUUGUGAUAUUUGGUGUUCAUAUUAACCUCCUCCCGACUACCUAGUUGCUGGGAUUUUUUUAAAAAAAGUAAAUUUCUAGCCCUUAUGGCUACAGAAAAAACCUUUAAAAUUUGAAACAAGUGCACACUAAAGUCUCAGAAACCAGAAAGCGAAUAAUCUCCCCCCCCUUUAUUAUUUUAAAAGAAACUAAUGAUUUUUAAGCCAACCUCAUGAUUUUGGGGAGAUCUCAUUUGAUUUUUUAACUCUUGAGAUUGGCAAUACUGACCUGCAGCCAAAAUGUCUACAAACUGUAUUUGAUUUAAAUCAAAGCCACAGUAAUUGUGGAGAUGUUGUUAAAGAAUUGUUUAAAGACAGUGACUGGUAAUAAAUUGUUGCUUUUAAUUUUAUCAGGUUUUCCUGUUUGUGUAUUUGUUGGUGAUUUUUAGUUAGCUAAAGUCCACAUACAAAUGCUGGAUAACAAACAAUGGAGGAUACUUUCUGAUAGGUUAUUCACACCACCAUGUUCUCUUAGGAAAAUCUAUGGCAAAGGAUCUACAAAAAGUAAUGACAAAUGAAGCUUUUUUGCAGACAGAUGCACCACCUUGGAACACAGAUAACGAAGGUCUAGAAUGUGGAUCUGCCACAAGCCAUGUCAGUGUACUUGGCGUUGCAGACAUCAUUGGAGAGACAUCUUCCCUGCCCCCAAGGAGCUUCCAAUCUAAACAAACAAACAACUGCCAUUGUGAACAAAGGCCUCCAGACGUGAGCAAUUCAAGUUAUGAAAAGAUGCCAACAACUUCAAAAAUCAUCCCUAAAGACUGUGUCACUGAUUUUGGCAAGGACAAAUUUCACAUUGACGGACCUGAGCAUUGGCACAAACAUUACCCUAUUGCCAAAGGAGACCAUCAGUCACCUAUUGAAAUCAAUUCCAAAGAGGUCCAGCAUGACCCCUCUUUACUGCCUUGGUUUGUUGGUUAUGAUCCUGGUGCAGCGAAGACCAUACUGAACAAUGGGAGAACCUGCAGAGUUGUGUUUGAUGACACUUUUGAUAGAUCAGUGGUGCGAGGUGGACCACUCCAAGGAACUUACAGGCUGCGUCAGUUUCACUUUCAUUGGGGUUCCUCUGAUGACCAUGGCUCUGAGCACGUUGUAGAUGGAGUGAAAUAUGCAGCAGAGCUUCACUUGGUACACUGGAAUCCGAAAUACAGUAAUUUUGCUGAAGCUUUGAAACAACCUGAUGGUGUGGCUGUUGUGGGCAUUUUUCUGAAAGUAGGAAAAACUCCCAAACCAGAGAUGAAGAGAAUUCUUGAAGUAAUAGAUAAUAUUAAGACAAAGGGGAAAGAGGCUCCUUUUCAAAACUUUGAUCCAUCAAUUCUUUUCCCUAAAUCUCGGGACUAUUGGACCUACCAUGGCUCCUUCACUACACCUCCUUGUGAAGAGUGCAUUACCUGGAUUCUUCUGAGGGAGCCUAUUGAAGUCAGCCCAGACCAGAUGGCAAAGCUCCGUAGCCUUUCCAUCAAUGCUGAGACAGAACCUGCUCGCCCCAUGGUGGAUAACUGGCGCCCUCCUCAGCCUCUGAAGGGAAGGGUGGUGAAAGCUUCUUUCCAAUAAAAUCUGUACUAAAAUCGGGUGUCUUCAAGUGAGGAAAUUCCUACAUCCCAAAGCCUAGUUAGCUUUGUGCUCUCUACUGCUCUUCCUCUGGAGGCAGAUCUGUGUUUCUGAUUCUGAAAUGCUGAGUAGUGAAAUGUCGUGGAUCAAUUAAUCUAAUGCUGAGAGGUCAAAAAUUACUCGAGGCAAACUCUAACCUUAACAUGAAAAUGUGGAAUCUGUGUUUGGAUCUCAAUAACAACCAUGUUAGCUUUAGCAGCAGUAUUUUUAUGGAUAUUUCUAAGGGAAAAAAAUGUAUAAUUACUAAUGGCUAGAAAAGGCAUUUUCCCACUAUCCUUAUGUUCUUCAGUGCUCACCUUUUUCAAGACCAUAGAGGUUUCCAACUAAAAGAAACAAUGUCAUCUGAAUUUAAAAUGGGCAAUAUGGGUCAAAUUCUGUUAUUGAUUGUACUAAUGUAAUGUUCCAGUGGGAACUCCUGUGUGUAACUGGGGGCAGAGUUUUGGCCUUUGUAUUCAGCUAGAUAAUUAAAGCAAGUUAAAAUUUUAACAAACUGAAAGGUUAACAUUGUAUAGUUUUAUUUUGAAAAUUGAAAUCAAGAUGUUUGGUCAAACUAAGAGUAUAGAAUUUAUAGGCCUUCUUGAUGGAUGAAGGUGGAUAGAUUCUGUAGAAAUCCCUUUAGCAUCCUAAGAGUUAUUUCACUUCCAUUUUUAAUACUAUAACAUUUUCCUUACAUGUCUUAAGGCCAAAUUUUGCCCUCAUGCACAUAUGUAUUUGAUCCUGAGGUCACUGACAUUUGUGUGCAAGUACCCGAGACCAGAAUUUAAUUUACUAUUAAAAGCAAUUGACUGCUAUGUUCUCUUCCUUUGCUGUUGAACAUAUCUUAUGGUUGCAAAAGCAAUGAAACAGGACUGCAUGACUGCACUUGAAGUAACAGCACCACUUCUGUCUUAGGACAACCAACACUAAUAAAUACUCUUAAAU